AAGAGGGGAGGAGGGAAGUAGGACCGAGAAAGAAGCAAAAGCAGGGCUUACAUCCCAGUUAACCUGCUGGAGCUCAUCCUGCUUGUUCUGAGCGCUGCAUCAACUCACCCAGUUCCCUCUCUCCUUGGGUGUCUUCUUUCCCCUUCCCUCUCCUCUCCUCACUGCACCCUGCACCCUCUACCCACUCCCCCACCCUUCACUUCUGCAUCUGACCAGAGGACGAAUGAGGGAGACGUUCCAGCAAACCGAGGUAACAACUUUCCUCAGCUGGUUUCGGGGCUCCAGGAGCGGGAUCCUGCUGCUUCUUGGAGGUAUGCGGCCCAUGGAGGAGGAGGAGGGCAAGCAGUGAUGGGCUAAGGACCAGUGCACUAAGCCUCACGCAGCUCAGUCUCGCAAGCUGCUCCAGGUUCCCACGCGGGUUCCCUCCAUCUCGGUCUCCUGAGAGCAGAGGGCGCUUGGUGUGCAGCCUGAGAACACCCAAGGAGGAUGAGGCAGGGACCCAGCCCAAGUUGGGUGCAUCUCCCGGACAUGAGGCCACCAGUGUGUCUCGGCAUGAAUUAAGAAGCUUGGAAGAUGGAGCGCAGCACGGUCCUCAUCUUGCCCGGGCUUUGGACCAGGGACACCAGCUGGACACUCCUCUAUUUCCUGUGCUACAUCCUCCCUCAGACCGCCCCGCAAGUGCUCAGGAUCGGAGGUAUUUUUGAAACUGUGGAGAAUGAACCCGUUAAUGUGGAAGAAUUAGCUUUCAAGUUUGCAGUCACCAGUAUUAACCGAAACCGAACCCUGAUGCCUAACGUCACAUUAACCUAUGACAUCCAGAGAAUUAAUCUUUUUGAUAGUUUUGAAGCCUCCCGGAGAGCCUGUGACCAGCUGGCUCUUGGUGUGGCCGCCCUCUUUGGCCCAUCCCACAGUUCCUCUGUCAGCGCCGUGCAGUCUAUUUGCAAUGCUCUGGAAGUUCCACACAUUCAGACUCGCUGGAAACACCCCUCGGUGGACAACAAAGACUCAUUUUACAUCAACCUCUACCCAGAUUAUGCAGCCAUCAGCAGGGCAGUCCUGGACCUGGUCCUCUAUUACAACUGGAGAACAGUGACUGUGGUGUAUGAAGACAGCACAGGUCUAAUUCGCCUGCAAGAGCUCAUCAAAGCUCCUUCCAGAUACAACAUUAAAAUCAAAAUCCGCCAGCUGCCCUCUGGGAAUAAAGAUGCCAAACCGCUGCUCAAGGAGAUGAAGAAAGGCAAAGAGUUUUACGUGAUAUUUGAUUGUUCCCACGAAACGGCUGCUGACAUCCUUAAGCAGAUAUUGUUCAUGGGCAUGAUGACUGAAUACUAUCACUACUUCUUCACAACCCUGGACUUGUUCGCUUUAGAUCUGGAACUCUACAGGUACAGUGGUGUAAAUAUGACUGGGUUUCGGCUGCUGAAUAUUGACAACCCUCACGUGUCAUCCAUCAUUGAGAAGUGGUCCAUGGAAAGGUUGCAGGCCCCGCCCAGACCUGAGACUGGUCUUCUUGAUGGCAUGAUGACAACUGAAGCAGCUCUCAUGUAUGAUGCUGUGUACAUGGUGGCCAUUGCCUCCCAUCGCGCCUCACAGCUGACGGUCAGCUCCCUGCAGUGCCAUCGACACAAGCCAUGGCGCCUUGGACCCAGAUUUAUGAACCUGAUCAAAGAGGCUCGGUGGGAUGGCUUAACUGGGCGUAUCACCUUCAAUAAGACCGAUGGCUUGAGAAAGGAUUUUGACCUGGACAUUAUCAGUCUCAAGGAGGAAGGAACUGAAAAGGCUGCUGGUGAAGUGUCUAAGCACUUGUAUAAAGUGUGGAAGAAGAUUGGCAUUUGGAACUCCAACAGUGGGCUGAACAUGACGGAUGGCAACAGAGACAGGUCCAACAAUAUCACUGAUUCGCUGGCCAACCGAACACUCAUUGUCACCACUAUUCUGGAAGAGCCCUACGUGAUGUACAGGAAGUCCGACAAGCCCCUGUACGGAAAUGACAGAUUUGAAGGAUAUUGCCUGGAUCUGCUGAAGGAAUUAUCAAAUAUCCUGGGCUUCCUUUAUGACGUUAAACUGGUUCCUGACGGCAAAUAUGGAGCCCAAAAUGACAAAGGAGAGUGGAACGGGAUGGUUAAAGAACUCAUUGACCACAGAGCCGACCUGGCAGUGGCUCCUCUCACCAUCACUUAUGUAAGGGAGAAAGUCAUAGACUUCUCCAAGCCCUUCAUGACCCUGGGCAUUAGCAUUCUUUACCGGAAGCCCAAUGGAACCAAUCCCGGUGUCUUCUCCUUCCUCAACCCCCUGUCUCCAGACAUUUGGAUGUAUGUGCUACUGGCCUGCUUAGGAGUCAGCUGUGUACUCUUCGUGAUUGCAAGGUUUACACCCUACGAGUGGUAUAACCCCCACCCAUGCAACCCCGACUCAGACGUGGUGGAAAACAAUUUCACUUUGCUAAAUAGUUUCUGGUUUGGAGUUGGAGCUCUCAUGCAGCAAGGAUCAGAGCUGAUGCCCAAAGCUCUAUCGACCAGAAUAGUUGGAGGCAUAUGGUGGUUUUUCACCCUAAUCAUCAUUUCAUCCUACACUGCCAACCUGGCUGCCUUCUUGACAGUAGAGAGAAUGGAAUCUCCCAUCGAUUCCGCAGAUGAUCUGGCCAAACAAACCAAGAUAGAAUAUGGAGCAGUCAGAGAUGGCUCAACGAUGACCUUCUUCAAGAAAUCAAAGAUAUCCACCUAUGAGAAAAUGUGGGCUUUUAUGAGCAGUCGAGAACAGAGUGCACUGGUUAAAAACAGUGAUGAAGGGAUCCAAAGAGUGCUCACCACCGACUACGCCCUGCUGAUGGAGUCCACCAGCAUUGAGUAUGUGACUCAGAGGAACUGCAACCUCACUCAGAUUGGGGGCCUCAUAGACUCCAAAGGUUAUGGAGUGGGGACCCCUAUAGGCUCUCCGUACCGGGAUAAAAUUACGAUAGCCAUUCUUCAGCUGCAAGAAGAAGGGAAGCUGCACAUGAUGAAAGAGAAAUGGUGGCGUGGAAACGGCUGUCCUGAAGAAGACAGUAAAGAAGCCAGCGCUCUGGGAGUGGAGAACAUUGGGGGCAUCUUCAUUGUUCUGGCUGCGGGACUAGUCCUCUCCGUGUUUGUAGCCAUUGGAGAAUUUAUCUACAAAUCACGGAAGAACAAUGACAUUGAGCAGGCUUUUUGUUUCUUUUAUGGACUUCAGAGUAAACAAACCCAUCCGACCAACUCCACUUCCGGGACUACUUUAUCUACAGACGUAGAAUGUGGCAAAUUAUUACGAGAGGAAAAAGGGAUUCGGACACAGUCCUCAGUCCACACUGUGUAACUGAGCUUUUCCAAAGGCGUUCCCAGUAGAACCGUUUGUAACGAGUGUUGUUUGUGCCUGCAUCUGCUAGGCAGAAGUAGCCAUCAUGCCCUUUCUCUUGAUACUAGCCAAAUGUAUAUCCACUACUCCAGGCCCCCACUCAGGCCUCUGGAAGACAUGUGUGCUAUAUCCUGUUUCAGGUUUUAGGGGAAUGUAGAGUCCUGGAUGCAUGUGUAUACAGGAAACUAUUCUGUCCAAAAUCAUCAUCUUUGGGAAAUGCUAAUUUUGUGAACUCCUUUUUUUAACCUUUGUGGACUUUGCCCUGCCUUCUCCCUUCUCCCUGUCUCCUGCAUUCUCUAGACCUAUAUAUUUCAAACUCCCUUAUUGCCUUCUCAAUAAGUAUUCAAGUAACUCUAUAACGCUGUUACUUUUUAAUUAAAUUAGUCACAAGAUUUGAAAUUUACCCUUGAAAUUUGCCCCAAACCUCAUGUCAUGUCUUAAAAAUUCAGGAAACAUCUCUGAAACAGUGGUUGAACUUGAAUGCAAAGCAGGAUUGCCUAAUUUUAGCCUCACUCGGGGAGAUGAGGCCAGUCAAAAGUGAUAUUUGGACAGAAACUCAACUACAUCGGGCUCUCAAACAGCAGUUAGCAGUUGCCUGUAGGUGUAGAGCCACUAAGGACCAUAUUCGCUUUCAAGCUGUACCAUUUCUUUGAACAGCCAAGCAGAGUCCGAAACUAUGAACUACUUCACAGAGUCUUCUGUUUGAUACUCACCCACACUCGCUCUGCAACAAUGAACAUCUUGUCACACAACGCCAUUGCACCCCCUUCCCACUCACCUAAGAUAGAGUAGUUCUUCUGGGGGCCAUCUUUUCUGGACCUUGCCAAAUGUGCUCAUUUCCGUGGACUCACCACCAUUAUUAAUUCAUUCCAAGGGUGCAGUGGGGAAGGGCAAGAUGGAGAAAAUAAACACCAGAGAGAAUGUCCAUAUGCAUUGGUUUACUAAUCUCUGAAGAUUUAUUUUCUACCCGCAUUCAAAGCACUGUGAAUAAGCCCAACACUAACUCGGCUUGGUGACAUAGAAGCCAAUGGCAUGCUUAAUUUGGUGUGACAGGGAACGUCUGCUGUUUUCUCUGGGUUCAUUUCCCCUUUGCUGAAGAGUCAGGGAUAGAACUGUCUUUCAUCUCCUGUCAAUAUGGGGUCAGUUGGGCUUUGGUCUCCACCAGGAGAUUACCUCUUAUCAUAUCAGGUGACCCCCGGGAAUAUGCUGCGGAAUAUGCUGCAGAGAAGGAGUUGUUCACCAUCUGGAUAGUCAUGUUGCAUGACCUUUUGGCUUAGCUUUAAAUGGGUUCCAGGAUUUUAGUCACAACUCUUCCUAACCAACUUUAUAUUUUCUCAGUAAAGCAUGGUCAGAAAAUUUGACUCCUGCACUGACUGUUUCUCAGCUUCAUUCUUUAAAUAAAUGAGCUCUUAUGAAAAUACAUAAAAAAUUAUAUCAUUAUUUAUUUACUGUUAUCAAAGUAGAACAAGUCUACUGUGUGUCAAUGAUCAGAAUGCAUAUUUUCAGAUGCAAUAGAAUCUGAUACCAGGCAAGAUACAGACUCUGUGUCUCUUAGUUUCAUGAGUAAUUGAUUCAGAAUCUAUGAAGACUAUUUAAUAUAACAAAGUGGCUACAAAAGUUUCUGAGUGGUUGAUGAUAAAGAAAACUAGACUGGCAAUAAUUAGCAAAACUCACCUUUCCAAAAAGACCAUCCUUUAAAAGUCUGAUUCAGAGGUGAAUAAAGAAGUAAUUUCCUGCAAGAGUUAACAUUAAGAGGCUUGGAAUACAGCUUGGCUGACAUCAUGCUUGCCUAAAAUGCAUGAAGCCCUGUGGGGUACAUCCCAGUCCCAAUCAAGCAUAAAACUAUGAUUAGGAUUACAAAUUCAAGAACAGUCUUUACUACAUACAGAGUUUCAGGGAUGCCUAGACUACAUGAGACCCCAUCUCAAAACAUCAUAAUAAAUAAAUAAAUGGUAUUUAGAUGUUGUAUUAAACUGUAUGAUGUCUAAUUCUGCUAUUUACACAUUAUUUUAUUUCAAAAUGUUUGCCCAUACAAUGUUAGGUUUGACACUUUUGGUGAUUUUAAUUCAGCUUUACUAUCAGAAAUAACAGAUAUUAGAGUUCUGAACCUUGAGUUACGAUAUUAAAAUUCAUUUAUAAAGUUAAUAAAUCUAUAAAUUAGCCAAACUCAGGUUCAAGCACAGCCAUGUGUGGAAUCACUGUAGGUCACUCAUUAAUUAUUUCUUAGCUUCAGUUUUCUAACAUCUACCACUAGGAAAUAAUUUCUAGGAUACAAGGUUACUUUGAAGUAUUUUUCAAAAUAGGUGUUACUGAAAAGUGAUUCCUCAAUGAAGCUUUCAUUAUUAAAUAACCCAGGGGAACCACACUCUACAAGGUGGUAUCUUAAUAUAUUUAAUAGGUUGUCAUGGAUAGAGAAUUUCCAACCUAUUCAGUACCUCUCAAGCUCUUAGGUCAUAACGUCUUUUCCGUAAAGCACCUGGCAAGACCAGACGACUCUCUAGGGAACACGGGUACAGUAAUAUCAAUGACAUGUGAUUGAUAUCAAUGAUUGAUAAUAUCAAUGACAUCAAUGCCUACGAUGAUGAGGAAGACACUUUGCACUGUGUAUGGUUUAUGAACCAUUCAACAAUUAAUCAUCAUUUGGAGUCAAGUUUCAACUUGUUUAAGCUUCAAUAUCCUUAUUUAUAGAAUAGAGCUAAUGUUACUACUAUAUUUUCCAUGAGAAUUAAAUGAAGUCAUAUAAUGGCAUAGAAAAUAAAGCCAUUUAUAAAGACUUGAUAAUAAAUACUAGUCAACAAAUAUUGCAUCCCAAAGAAAAAUUAAAUCUCUCUCUGGCCACAUGAGCAAUAAGAAAAUAAUUCAGCACCUCGAAACAAACCCAGAUUCAGAAAACAGGAUUAUGAAUGUAGAGAUGCAAACUCUAUCCAGGUUUCCCUGCACACAUGUUAAAUGAAUGGCAAAGUCACUAUACUAGAGAAGGGCCCGAGUAGGUAAGAUAUGAGGAUGUAUGCGGUGGGAACUCUGAACCCUCUCUCCAGAUAGUCUACUCUUAGAAGUUAGGGGAGGGAAUUGUAAUCAUUUGAGAUGUUCUGUUGAUAAUAAUAGUCAAAAAGAGUUAAGAUUCAGUAAUCUAAGCACUAGUUUAUAGAUGCAAUUGGACCCAAUAAAUCAUUGCUUUUUAUAAAAUAACUAGGGCUAAAAAUAGAGCUACCAAUUGUAAGAGAGAGAGAUUAUAUAUAUAUAUUUAGCAUCUGAUAUUCAAUGGAGCCUUUAUAUGGAGAAGAAACUGCACAUCUUAAUACAGAAACUUCAUGAUAUUCAGCUGAUAAUUUCUGCAUUUCCUGGUAAGACGUAGAGCUAUCACUAUUCAAAAUUAUCAAGUUUGUUGCUGCUUUGAACCUUUGAAGGCUUUUCUAUUCUUCUCUUCUUUUGUCCAUCCUUCAGACAUCCAGUUCUUGUUGCCAUGGAAAUAACUGCAAAGGCCAUAUUGACCUCUGCAGGGUCCAUUGCAUUUCAAGUGAAAUUUAGAACAAAAGCCAUCAGACUGUAUUUACAUCAUUAGGUCAGAGACUUUAGUGUAAAUCACAAUCAUCUGGCAGAAUGAUUUGCAAUUUCUACACUCAAGCUCCAUAUGUUCACUUUGGUGGACACAGUCAGGAAUCUGCAUGCUAGGUAAGGCCUGGAAAAGAAUAUUUAAAAUUAGUUGUAUGCAUUAGUUUCCAUUAAAGUUAGCUUGGAUGUAUGUAUUUUCUCCAACGUUAGGUCAUACACAUGAGUCUUGAACUAAUUUGAAUGCUAGGAAUUUUUUAUAAUUUUUCUUACAUGAAUUAUUUUGUAAUAAUCCUGAGUAUAGCAGCAUCACUUUAAGGGACUUAGCACGGAUGAGAUUUUUAAUAAAAACUACCUUGAACAUAACAGUUUUGUCAAUUAGAUGAAUUGCUAUAAAUCAGUAACAGUUGUGAAUUGUAAAACAGUAGCAGGUUGCGGGUUUUACUUUUAAAAUACUGCUGAAAGUCGGGUAAAAAGGUAUUAGAAGACUGAACAAAGGCAUCAACAAUAAUAUCAACAUUAUGCUAAUUUGUUUCUUCAUAAAUCCGUCAGUCACCUAAUACAAAGAGGAAAAAACAUAAAGCUUCCUAUGGUAUUAUGCUGUUACAGACUAAAAUCACAAAUUUAAUUUUAACAUUUUUUCAGCAAAGCUACAUGAGAAAUGUGAAAAUAAACUGGAUUUUUAUGAGUAUAAAUUUAUCCAAGGAAAAUCAUUUCCAGAAAUCCUCACUGUAUUUGACAACCACCAUAUUAUACUCUUUAUGCUUUACGAGCUAUAAUGCAAUACCACAAUGAAUUCCAAUUAAUUUCCAAGUACAUGGUGUUUACCCCACAAAACCUCUUUACUAGAAAGCCUGAACAACAUGUAAAAGCAAAAGGAAAGGGUGCCUUCUUUCUGUACUGCUUUCUAUCCCCUAGCUGUUGCAAAUAGCAUCUUUAAUUAACACUUGCAGAGAGAGAGAGAGAGAGAGAGAGAGAGAGAGAGAGAGAGAAGCGCCAUGCCUCUGAUGGCUGCUAACAUUGUAGUUCCCAUGUAGGAACCAUCACACAGUUCUUCUCACAUCCAUGGAAUUUUAUGUCCAGAUGCACAGAUAUUAAAAUCAUUUUAGCUUUCAAAAUUCCUUCUGUAGAAACUGGUAACAUGGACAGGAAGGGUCUUCCUUAAGACUUCAAAAGGUUCCUGUUUACAAUUUUUAGAGCAUUCUGAGAAGAGCAAGUCAAUACCACAGUGGCACAACUGCAUAGUUUAACACCUCGCCAAACUUGUACUUCAUUAAUGUCAAGCCAAAUUCAACUAAUGACCUGAACUACCUAAUAAUGGGCAUCGUCCUCACAGUGUAUAUGCAGUAAAAAUAAUAACAAAGACCUAAGGGAUUGGGUGAAUUUACUGUGAUUCCCUCAACAAUUAAGACAACCAGAAUUGUCUUUCUUCCUAUUUUUUCAGUUGAACGACAUUUUCAAAUUUAAAAUAUUCAUAUAUAAAUAAUCAGCUUCUAAAGAGAAGUCUUCCCUGAUCUGAUAUAUGAGUCUUUUACAAGCACAGGGACUAAGAUACAAGGAUUUUGACCAAGGUUGGCACCUUUCCAUGCACUUAGAAGUCUCUGCAGAUUCAUUUUUUUCUCCUCAUUCUUAUUAAUUUAUUUAACAAAUGGUGCAGAAGCCUGCUAUUUUUGUAUUGGUGGGAAUACUGCCUUUGCCUAGAAACCCAGACAUUGUUAUCAAAGAAAUGAGGAGACAUUUUAUAGAAAUGCCUGCACUGCACUGUGGUACAAAUAAUGCUGUCUCAAAAGCCCAACUCUAAAAGUCCUUUGUGGCACAAAAGACAGGAGUCUUGAAAAUUAAAAUCAUUCCGUCCUCCAUGCUCCUGUUAAACAUCCACGUGAUUCUGAGCAAGUGAAUUUGCUUCCCUCCACCUGUUUCCUCAACUUCAGAAAGAUGGAAUUUGAGGUUACCAUGUCCACAAUGGUUUUUAAAUUAUACUAGAAAGUGGAAAGGAACUAAAAUAACAAAAGUGGUGUGAAAAUAAAAUACUGGGUGUGUGUGUGUGUGUGUGUUUGUGUGUGUGUUUUAAAAUGGCUGCCUGUGUCUGUUGAAUACAUUAUAUUUUUAACAUGAUAAGUGGGAUUGCAUUGCCCUGCUAGUACUUCAAAGAAAGGCCUCCCAUGAACACAGCAUCAAGGGGUCAGGGGAUGCCCACACUGUCAAUCAUAUGUAAAUUGUUCCAAAUGAUUAUUGCAAAAGUGGGAUCAUUCUCAACUUGGAUGAACCUACCGAUUCCAUCAACACACACAUACACACACACACAGACACACACACACACAGCAACAAGAAGUCAUCUGCAUAGAAAGUUCCUGGAAGCAUAGAAUUGAUUGCACACAACUUGGGAAAAGAGAAAUAAAUGGGCCUGGGCGCAUGGUAAGGCCCAAGUCUAAAAGCAGAACAUACCCAAGAGUGCUGGAAAGAGUGAAAUGGGUAGCACGCACUUGUUAUCUUACCCUCCUAUAUUUGCUUUAUCAAGUUAAAGAGGAGCUAGACCUUCAGAAUUUGAGUGCCAAGUUGACUUUUCAAAGUUUGUGACACUACAGAGCUCUUGUAAGACAUGACUUAACUGCAGGACCCGGAGGUUUCAUUUAGUGAAUCAAUGGUUCCAAUUCAAACAGUUUGUAAGUAGCAGGAACCCAAACCCAGAGCCUGGAGGAAUAUAGACAAUUCUAUUUUCCCAUCUACACAAUUUUCACAACUAGGGAAAGGAGAGCACUCAUGGGAAACUACCGAUGCUUAGGUGCUACUUGAAUUUCUGAAGACUAUUCCAGAGUCCACUCCCAACUCAGGCCAGGGCAGGAAAAUCGAAAUCUCAAAAGAGGUCUAAGGGAACAGUGAAAAGAAAUACCUUCACUGAUUUCACUGGGGAUAGCCCAGGAAGUGGUAAGAUUUGUAGAGAAAUCUUCCAUCUGUCUCAGAAUAGCAGGAAAACAAUAUGUAGGUAAUAAGUCUAUGGAGGUCUUCAAAAACUCUUUCUCAAACUCAUACCAAAAAACAACAUUUAAAAAAAACUCAUGCCUUUUCUCAGAAAAACAAAAGACUAAUAGAAAUGUUUAGAGAAUCAUAGCAGGUUAAAUGAAUUGAGGUUAAAUGAAAAGACAUACAGUGCACGCAUCCUUGAGUGACCAUUGAAACAAUGAACAUCUCAGGUACCUAGCAGAGAUAGAUUGGUGUCCAUGAACUGACAGAUGUCACACCAGUGAAAGCCAGAGACAGACAGUGCUUGGAGACCAGUGCUUCCCAAGCCCUGAAGAUGCCUCUCCUAGUUGCAGAUGACCUUCAGAAAGAAAAGCUGAAGGAGUGGCGGGCAUAAAAAGAGAGGCCUAAGUUAGCUGAUCCAUUAACAAAAAGAAAAUAUUCCCAACCGAUAGUGGAUUUUCUUGAUCUGACAAGAUCCCAUAGUGAAUACAGCUGAGUUGUUUUGGUUUUGCUUUUUUGUUUGUUUGUUUUUCUGGGACCACAUUUAAAAAACACAAAUUUCUAGCAAGUUAGUUUAUGACUUGAGAAAAUACAUAUCCACUACAGUGGAUAUAAGUUGGUUCUUCAAAAUUGAAGACACCAUGAAUAAGCAUUGUGAGCAAUUAAAACCCUACUUGUAGAUCAAUGGUAGAGUCAGCCAUUCUACUGAGGAGGAAAAAGCUUUUGGAAAUUUAUCUUUUUUGCCCUACCUCAUCUUUUAAAAAAAAGUAGGAAAAUUAAAGAAAAACAGUAGAAAAUAAAACAAGCCCUCCUUAUGAGACAAUCACUAUAAGACCACCAUUUCAUUCAGUGCUAGAAGCCACAGAGAAGCCAAGGGUGUGAAAAACUAUCUAUACUGGCAUCUGACACGGAUUUCAGAGACAAGAAAGUUACUAUUAGCAGCUUAUAUUGGAGCACAAGUCCGCAUCACUGCCUCUUUCAAGGGAAGAGAGUUGCUAACGUGUGUACACCAAGUCUGCAUGAAACUCAUUCCCACUGCAGAAGAUUUCUUUACUUCUAGUUACCGGGCUGAAGCAGGUCCUUUGCUAUACACCCAUCAGUAGCUUUUGUGUCCUUUCUGGGGCUAGAAGAGUUCUGUUUGCCCCAAAAGUGCCCUUCAGAGUGCCCGUGGGCAUUUGACUCAAGCAUGGUUGGUAGUGAAAGGUAAGGAGCUCCUUCCCAGUUACUCCCAGUACCUAGCUGCAGCUUCGCUCACCCCCUGGUUGAGCUAUAAUCCUUUGAAAGCAGACAAAACAACUGUACCUUCAUGAACCAUUCUCUGUCCUACCUGUGUGCUGUGUUCUCAAAGCUUGACACUGGAUCGCUAAUGUAGACUUCUACAAUUCAGAGUAUUUGGUUGUUUUUCCAUUCUUACAAACACACUAAUAGGUUCAAAGACUAGAGCGUCUCCUAACAGUUCCACAAAGUGAAUUUAAGAAUGUAGUGAUCCAAAUUCUCUCCAUGUACACCUACCAUCCCCAACUCCAGGACAAUGCUUACAAAAUUCUCAUUACAACUUUAAAUGCUUGAAAAAAAAGAAUUGAGAGCCAUAAACAUGGUAAGAAACACCUAAAUUAACAUCAAAACACUGCAUUGCCUCAGAGCUGCCUCCCUUGCCUAAGUUCUCAAUGCCCCCCAUGAAAUCAACCCUAGUGUUAAAACAGAGUGAAGUUAUUUGCCCCUACUACCUGGUUUAUGGGUUUCAUCACCCUGGCAGGUAACCUAUGUGCAUAAUUUCUUUAAAAUGUUAAAUUCCACUUGGAUUAAGAACGCUGUCCCACGGUGUAUUUAUUAUGACGGCAAAAUAGGUUUCUAACGCCAAGUUUUAAAUAAAGACAAACCAGAAAGAAGGUCACUGUGUUUCACAGGUUGCUGGCAGUCCUGUGCGCACCCAGGGCUCAUGUUUACAGCUUGAUAGCCUGGACAAGACUCUUCCUUUUUUUGUUUGCAUCUAAUGGACAUAGUCUUAGAAACAUUACAGAAUAAAAGCCCAGGCAUCUUCAUCUUUGGUGAUUACAUGCACAUUAGCAAAUCUAUGUCUUGUCCUGAUUUACUGUUGCAAAGCAUGAGCAGAGGCUAGAACACUGGGUUGUUGUGAAAUGUCUAAAAGCAGUGACUCUGCUUGGAUUCGUUUCCCUAUCAUGGUUUAAGUACAAAGCUCUGUGAAUGAAGGUAGUUGUCAGGGGUAGCUGCCAGGGCUAUGGGUGUUUUUAUUUUAUUUUUAAGGGGGGAAACAGUUUUAUUUUAAUUUUAUGUUCUCCUUUCCCACUCCCCUUCUUAUGGGAUCUAAUUGCAGUGGUUAAAUGCAGCUAACCAGGUUUUUAGAAUAUUCUCUCUAGCCAAGUCUAACUUUAGACACUGUAGAUGGACAAGCUUCAUUGUCUGAACCAAACUAGGAACAUUAAAUAAACAUCAGAGCCCUCACUAAUAACACUGUGACUUUGCUGUUUAAUAUGGAUUCUCUGCCCCACCCCCAAAAGAAGAAGAGAAAAGCUUGUGACCAUUUUGUAUGGCUUGUCUGGAAACUUCUGUUUUAGUAAAAUAUUUUUUGUUAUCCAAAAAAAAAAAAAGACGGUGCAUGCAUAACUACCAUAACUACUCCAAGAAUGGCGCUCGCAUGCCUUCCUUUGCUACAUGGUGGAGGUGGGGAGAGUUCAAGUUUGUUCUCUGCUCUGUAGUGGUCCUCUGACAAAAUAAAGCCUUGGUACAAACAGGCAGCCAACGUUCCCAAAGCCUCGUGGUAGGACACAUGUACUCUGUGUUGUUCUGCUCCAGUUCUUUUAAAGGUUUUCUGUCUUUAAGCCCCUACCAUAUUGAACAUCCUAGGUUCACUUGCCAGAAGACUUCAAGAUAAAAGCGUGCUAAGACCAUUAUUGCUCAGACUUUCUCAUUUUAAAAAAAACCCAUUGAUACUUUGACAUAAAGCAAGGCAGAAACUUGACCACAUUGUGUCAAAGCUAUAAUUCCAUUGUGGUUUAUUUAUUUAUACAGAAGUUUAUUACUUUCAUAUCUCAAAUUUUACUGGAAAUGGUGUUUCCAAAGAAAUUUCAAAUCGUAGUUUGCCUUCAAAUUAUAGGAAGUCUACAAAUAGAGUGAAUGGUUUCACAUUUAUAAAAUAACAAUAUUAAUAGCAUCUCUCUUAACAAUGUUUAAUGUGAACAUUUACUAAUGAUGUCAAUGUCACGGGGCACUUUAUGCAUUUGAAUUAAUGGGAAAAAACUAUAGCAACAUAAAAAGUUACUGUGUUACGGACUAGACUUCUUAGACUCCUGGCUACAGCUCCUUUAAAAGUUGUUGGGGAAAAGUCAAAACUAUUUUGAUCAUCAAAAUAGUUCUCCUAAACAUUUGUCUAAAUGUACAAAUGAACAAAACAUCUAAAUGUGCAGAUGCUAACUUUACAAAAAGCCAAGUUGACAUUAACAAUGUAUGUCGAUUGAUAAUCAAGAUGAAGUCCAUUCAAGAAAGCUCACCCCUUUAAUCCCAGUAGGUGGGAGGCACAAGCAGGUAGAUUUCUGUGAGUCUGAGGCCAGUUUGGUCUGCAAAGAGAGUUCCAGGGCAGCCAGUGUUGUUACUCAGAAAAUAAAAAAGGAAGGAAGGAAGAACGAACUCAUUCUAAUACUGAUUGAACUUUCCUUGACACAUUGUGGGGAAAUGUCUUUUCUGGACCAUUUUUUGUUUGAAUUUUUCUGACAAAGUUUAUUUGAGAAGCAAGACAACAUGAACAUCUGAGAAAUGAUUUUUUUUGCUACAGUUCUGGGUAUUGAACCUCCAGACUCAUGUUACCAGCGAGGUACAGCCAGAGCACCAGCCCUCACCCCUUCCAGACAACACCCACAAUAAGAUGACUAGAAGUACAGGGAAAGCUGCUUAUUUACAUCCAGGCUCACGCUAGCAUCAUGAAAUCAAACACCUGGGGCUAACCUAAAGGAGGCACCAUGAAGUCAGCAACUAGAAAAAGAAAUUCUCCAAAAGGAAAGGCAAAAGAAAUUACAUAAGGCAGGAAAGAGAAGGAAGGGGGAUAUUAGAGAAAUGCUUGAAGCAUGAGAAGCAAGAAAGAGGAAGGCACUUGGAAAAUCAAAUCCCCAAGCACACCAUUCUCCCUUUAAAAAGCCAGGAGAGCUGCAGGUUCCGGUGGACUAUUUGAGUCUCUGCUAGAAUAAUUUGGUGCUCAGUUUCCUUGUUUCCUUUCCUCGAAAGAGAAGUCUCUCUCUCUCUCUCUCUCUCUCUCUCUCUCUCUCUCUCUCUCUCUCUCUCUCUCUGUGUGUGUGUGUG